AUGGCAUCACACAAGCUCUUUCUCAUCGUUUUAUUGGUGACUCUUUCUUCUUCUAUUGUGAUCAACACUUGCUCGGCCUCACGCCGCCUUCUCCAAAAAAUUCCAGGGUUUAAUGCACCUCCAUUGCCAUUCGGGUUUAAUCCACCUCCACUGCCAUUCGGGUUUAAUCCACCUCCACUGCCAAGCUGGUUUAAUGUACCUCCAUUGCCAUUCGGGUUUAAUCCACCUCCACUGCCGAGCGGUUUUAAUGUACCUCCAUUGCCAACCGGGUUUAAUCCACCUCCAUUGCCAAGCUGGUUUAAUCCACCUCCAUUGCCCAGCUGGUUUAAUCCACCUCCAUUGCCAAGCUGGUUUAAUCCACCUCCAUUACCAUUUGGGUUUAAACCACCUCCAUUGCCAACCGGUUUCAAUGUACCUCCAUUGCCAUUCGGGGUUAAUCCACCUCCAUUUCCAACCGGUUUUACUGUACCUCCAUUGCCAACCGGGUUUAAUGUUCCUCCAUCGCCAAAAAUAUUACCAUAA